AUGCCUACAUACGCCAUUAUAGGGGCAACAGGGAACACAGGAACGGCACUAAUUGAGCAACUAUCUCAAGACCCUGCCGCCCACAUCCGAGCCUUUUGCCGCGACAAGAACAAGUUGCUCAAAGCAUCGCCCUACGUCCUCGACAGUAAACGGGUAGAGGUCUUUGAGGGAAGCAUUGACGACGUCGAACUCCUCGCGCAAUGCAUCCAAGGCGCCAGAGCCGUGUUCCACGUUGUUAGCACAAAUACGAACGUGCCGGAUUGUCAUGUCGGUCUUGAUACAGCGAAGGGCAUCGUGGGUGCCCUGAACAUGAUCGAGGCCGUGUCUUGGUCAUAUGAUGUUGCGCAGCGCGAGAAGCUGCCCAAGAUCGUCCUCCUUUCAUCCGCGACCAUUGAAGACCACCUGUCCAAGCACACACCCGUGUGGCUCCGCGCCAUUUUACUCAGGUCUGCAUCAAAUGUAUACGAAGACCUCCGGCAGACCGAGGCGUUUCUACGGACACAUGGCGACAGGAUCACUACCAUUUUUAUCAAGCCUGGUGGCCUAUCCGUCGACAAGCAGAGAGGUCAUAGGUUAGAUAUGAAUCGAGAAGAGUCCUUCAUCUCGUAUCUGGACCUAGCGGCCGCGAUGCUAGAAGCAGCGAACGAUGAGAGUGGGCAGUACGAUAUGCGGAAUGUUAGCGUUGUCAAUUCUGGUGGAAGCGCGAAGUUGCCAUCUGGAACGCCUUGGUGUAUCUUGACUGGUUUACUUCGUCAUUACUUUCCGUUCGCGCACCCCUACCUUCCAACGCCGGGGCCUGCUUGA